AUGCACACAUUAUUUCGACUCGUUAGUUAUCUUUUAGUUCAACGUGCUUUAUCGCGGAAUAUAUUUGAACGGAAUGAAACGGCUAGUUCGACAUUAUUGAAACGCAACGAAGAUGAUUUGAUCAGUCCAACACUUCACGAGGAUCUAACUUCAUUAGAUCAUUAUUUCUUUUCUUAUGAUGUUAUUGAUCAUGUCACAAUAUUAAUCAAAUUUGAUAUAACACGGACAUUUCUGUUCCGAAAGAAUCCAAAUCUUUACAAUGCACAUGUCUACAUAAGCAAAUUACCAUCAAUGAAUUACAAAAUUGAUAUUAGUCCCUUUACAGGUUAUUAUGAGAAAGAAAUCCGUGGAUCGAUCAAUGAUCAUUUCACAUUUUGUCUCGUAUUGACACCAAAUCUACUCGAAAACCUUGCGAAAACUAAUCUCCGAAGAAAUAGAAGUAAGCCGAUUUCCAAUCAUUUCCUCAUGGGAUCAUCUCGGAAACAACAACAACAUAUUAUUCAUUAUUGUACAAGGAUGGACCCUGAUGAAUAUCAUUCUCGUCAUCAUGUUAGACAAGGCAGUGAAGGAGAUCGUAUUUUAUUAGUAUUACAAUUGAUGAUGAUCGCAAUUCUUCUUGCUGUGUUACAAAUCGUACACGUUAUUCGUAAUCGAAAACGUCGAGACUGGCGUCUUCGACGAUUGAGUAGAAUCCGACGCGAACUACUACGUCGAAAAGAAUAUAUAGACAUGCCUAACGAGACGUUAGCGAUGCUUCGAUUUGCCACGAUUAUCGAUAAGGAAUCACACGAUGUAGUCGAUGACCCAGAAAAAAUGCUUGAUGAUAAUGAUGAUGAAGAAGAAGAAGAAGACAACGACGACGAUGAAGAAAAAGUCAGCGAGGAAAAGGAAAAAGAAGAUUCGCCAUUUAUUCCUCACCAACGAAUAUUGACAAGACGAUCAAAAUAUCAACGCACUCGAUCAUUAUCGCCACACUUCGAUGAACAUCUUGUUCAUCAAGAUAUGUGCUGUGCUGAGCACAUUCUCCGAUCGAAACCAUGGCAUCCAAUGUUUCCUUAG